GGUAAUUGUUAACACCAAUGGAUAGAGUUGAGCUCACAAAAGAAGCCCGCAGAUUUGAGGCGGCUUGCCGCGCAGACAGAGACAAGAAGACUCUCACAGUCAGUGAGAAUAGGCAGCAGCCAUAGCCCCAUUUAGCCUUAUAAGAGCAAUUGCCACAGCCAACACUCACAAAGAUAAGAUAUUACCAAAUCAAAAUGGCAUUGAACCAAACACUACCAAUACCAACAACAACAACAGCCCACUUUCUCUGCAAAACCAAAACCAAAACCCCACUCACAAAUCUCCAAAUACCCUCUCUAUCUCUAUCUCUAUCCCCAUCAUCAUCAUCAAUAUCAUUCAGCAAUCGGUGCUUAAAGCCGCUAAGGUUGAAAUGCUCGGUGGAUUAUAAUUACAAUUACAAUCAGACCCAGGUGGAGUACCCUAGGCCCACUGAGAUUCCCUGGACCAAGGAGCACAGUAACUCGGUGCACCUCAUCGGCAUCGUGGGCACCCCUGUCGAAAUCAAACACCUGCCCUCUGGCAAUGGCAAAGCUCUCGCUUGGACCCGCCUCGCCGUCAAGAAAUCCUCCACCCUCACCUCCUGGAUCAGUUUAACAUUCUGGGAUGAGCUGGCACAUAUUGCUUUUCAGCAUGUAGAGAAAGGCCAACAGAUAUACGUCUCUGGCCGGUUGGUCUCAGAUACAGUUGAAAGUGAAGAUGGAAAACAGCAGACCUACUACAAGGUAGUUGUUCAGCAACUUAAUUUUGUUGAAAGGAGCAUCUCAUCCUUGCCCUUGUAUGAUCGUGAUUCUAAUUCCAUGAUGGCAGGUAAAAAGCUUGGAAAUAAUGCUGCAAGUGAUAUGUCCAUAGAAGAAUUAUGGCAAGCCUUCUUUGCUAAUCCUGUGGAUUGGUGGGAUAAUAGGAAGAACAAGAAGAACCCAAAGUAUCCAGAUUUUAAGCACAAAGAUACUGGAGAAGCUCUAUGGGUCGAAGGCAGGUACAAUCCACCAUGGGUGAAGUCCCAACUGGCAAUACUGGAUACAAGAAGGGGGUCUCUUUUUGAUCAGGAUGCUAGGUUGGACGCAAAUUUAGUGCCCGGUGAUAAAUUUUUGCCUUUCUAAGCGCUCAUUAUGUUGAACUUUAAGUAACGGUGCCAAUGGGGCAGUUUCUGUGUAGAUUUCCCUCAUUUUGACUGAUUCCCUGGAAGAUCUUUGGAGACUUUGUUAUAGAGUUUGCAGUCUAUAAUAUGGAUGUCACAUGAUGUGUCAAUUAUUAGUCACUAUAUAUUCAUUUGGCUUCAAGGUUAUCUGGAACUUGAGCAACUAUUGUUGGGUAUAUAAUAGGAAAUUUUGUCUAGAGAUCUUAAUCAUUCUUAUAAAGAUUAUGAUUUAUUCAUCA